AUCACAGAAUAGACAAGGCUUGGUCGAGACACCGUGUUCCCAACAUUUCUUGAGCACAGGUCAACCAGCUGCAGAGUGGACAGCACGCUUUUGUGGAAGAAAGUCGGUCUCCAAGCCUCGAGAGGGAUUUAUUCCACAGAUGGAGCAGAGUUUCUAUGAAGUCUGGCUGACUCAGCACAAAAUCUGAGCCUGACCUUUUCUACAGCAGGAUGGAUUUAUGAAUAUUACACAAUGGACAAAUGACAUUUGGAUGCAUUUAACUGGGAACAACAGAGACUUAUUUUCUUUUCCUUCGUCUUGAGUGAAUGAAUGGGUAUUGCUAAACAAAGUCAUCAUUCUCUGAGUGUCAAUCAGUGUCUGACUGAGGUCACGUCUAGUUUCCCAUGUCAGGCACUUGACCAACAGAGACAUGUCCAAUGACACCUGCAACCUCCCCUUGGACACGGACGUUCUUGGCCUGACCUGUAUUUAUGGCCUCAUCUUCUCUUUGGGUCUCCCCAGCAACCUGCUGUCUCUCUGGGGACUGUACCACCUGGGACGCUCAGGUGGGGGAGGCUGUCAGCUGGUCUACAUCCUCAACCUGCUGCUGUCAGACCUCCUCCAGCUGCUCACUCUGCCGCUGUGGAUUCUUUACCUCCAAAGAGGGCACCGUUGGCCCUACGGCCAGCUAACCUGCGAGCUGGUUGGCUAUGUGUUUUACGUAAAUGUCUAUGCCAGCGUCGUGUUCCUGUGCCUGAUAGCGAUGGAUCGCUGCCUGGCCAUCGUGUACCCACUGAGCAGCCGUGGGGUGAGGACAGUGAAGGUAGCAGCAGUGUCAGGAGUAGCAGUGUGGACUCUAACCUUCCUGUUUUGCCUGAGUGGACUGCUGCCAUCUGUGUUUGACUCAGACAGGCUGCUGUGUCUGGAGCAGUACCCCGUCAGCCCCAGAUAUGCUCACUUUAAGAUCACCACUGUGCUUCUAGGCUUUCUGUUGCCGUGCACCAUUCUAGGCUACACCUCAGCCCACAUCGGGGUGACACUCCGACGAUCUCCUUCCGUCUCAGACCACGAGCGGCACAAAAUCGUAGGAAUCCUGGUCGUGAUCACAGUAAACUUCAUCGUUGUCUUUGGACCCUAUCACCUCGUUGGCGGAUACAGAUUUGUGUCCUUGCUACUGACUGACGAGCCGUGCGGAUUCGAGAAUUCCAUUUUCCUCGUCUAUCGCCUGUGCUACGGUCUCACCAGCCUCAACACCUUGCUGGAUCCCCUCUUCUACAUCUUUCUGUGCCCUGAUGCUCGACUGGAGCUGCAAAGAUCCCUGCCUUGUUUGGGCAGAGGGCAAAACACCCGCAAAAAACGUAACCCUCAGUACCAGAUCUCAACCAGACACCAAGAGGGAGACUGAAAGUAGACAGAAUAACCUUCUAGCAACAUAACCUGGAAUUGACCACACAUCUGACUCUUGAUAUUUAGUCAAUUGUGCCACCCAGUGGGAAUGCAUGUGUUCAGUUUUUGUGUACUGUGAGUUUCAACUCUCAAUGAAGAAAUUACCAAGGUUCAGAGGGUUUCCACUUCCUCAUUUAAAGAAUCUUCUUGCACAGUUCUUAGUUUUACUUCUCGUGAUCAUCUAAAUACUGCUUGGAUUAAUAUGGGACAGAAAAAUGCACAGAUCUCAAAGUGCAAAGACUUGAACUUUUGCCUACACAAAUUCACGACUAUAUAACUCAGUAGAAAUAUGGACAUGUGUUGUUUCACAUUUGUCAAAACUGCACAUUCAUACACAUUGUGGCUUCAAGAAGAGAUAUACAGACAGGAAAACAACACCAGGAAAUGGUCAGAUCAUCUACUUUCAAUGUGCAUUUGUUUUUGAAGAGUGUGACCAGUGCAUGAAAACUAGCCAUAAUGGGAAAUUCCCACUCAAACUUUUUUUUUUUACUGUUAUGUUUACAACAAUUAAAAUGUGUUUUUACUGCCUUGUUUGUUGUCAGUUCUUUUAACAACAGAAUGGGCGUGAAUCACUAUGGAAACAUGUUUGUGGUUAUAUGCAAGGUACGUAUCGUAUGGCAAACCUGAUUGUUUUUCUUUCUUUUUAUUCAUGUUUAGAUAUGCAAUCUCACAUUAUUAAAAAGAACAGACGUUGCAUGAAUGAGCAAUAAAA